AUGGAGGACGGUAUAAACAAACCAUACAAAAUAUGUGAUGUGAAUCGCGAAAAGAAGAAAGGAAUUGUGGCUUCUACAUUAGAAGACUUGUUGACUAAAGUCCCAGAGAAGCUUGGUUUGCCCGCUGAAAACUUAACUGUAGUUUUGGAAUGCGAUGGAACUGAAGUAGAUGAUGAGGAAUACUUCUUCACUUUAGAUCCCGAUACUUCUCUCAUGAUUUUACAUGGAACUGAAAAGUGGGCACCUAAUAUGCCAAAAUGUCAAGUAUCAUUAGAUCAAACUGAUGAAGUUACCCUUGGAGAUAAGACCCAAGUUGCAAAUCUGGUGGGACGACUUCAGCACAAUUUAUGUCACAUUUCCUUGUUAGGUGGUCAAGACUUAGAAUUAUUGUCAGAUAUGGAUCCAGAUAGUCUAGCCGAUAUUGUGACAGACAGGGACAACAGAAUAAUUCUAGAACACAUUAAGGAAGCAUCAGGAAGGAUAUUGCUUGAGAAAAGACAAGCUCAAGAUGCAAUGGAGUUACUGAAGUUAUACCAUCAGAGUGUAUCAAAUGGUACUGAGGAUGUAUCACCACCAAGCCAAGAGCGUGUGUAA